AUGGCGUGGCUCUUCGAGGCCGAGCCAACGAAAGCAGAGGAUCAACUGGUCUGGUUCCUGCUCUACCUCGUGAUUUAUCUCGCCUUCUACUUCUUCACCAGCCCCUUUGUGGGCAAUCGUGAGCUGCUCAAUUCAUGGACGCCUUACGUCUACUUUUCCAUGAUACUCUACGCGUGGCUGUUUUCUGCUGCGGCAUUGCACACGCCAGUGCAUGCUUUAGGGCUACUGGACUCGACUAUCAAACAACCGAUUUCGCUGCUCUUUCCCUUUUUCUCGGCCAGUUUCGUCUUUUUGAUCAUGCUUGAGGCAAUCAUGGUGCUCGUGCUGUCGCGGAAGAUCUCACAGCGAGGCUUGGCAUGGACGGUGGCACCUGUAUCAUUGGGGAGGUCGUUUAUGAAUGUGCUUGGCAAUAGUGCUGCAGUCAGUGUCGCUUGCGUAGCACUGAUUGUGCACUGCGACGCGACACGAGAUUGUGCCGCGUCGCCAGAUGAACCGAGGACAUACAAUAGCCACGCUUGUGCCCAGCUUUUUUCAUUCAUUCAGUUCGACGAUCUAGAAACGCUCGUGCCUGGGAGCUACGGUGGUGCCAUUCUGAUCUGGUGCAUGGGGAUGCUACUAGCUACUACAAACUUCUUCCUCGAACGUGUGAGCGGAGUCCGCGUGAUUUCUUCCUUUGGCUGGUUCUCCAACCGAGCUGAAGAAGAUGGUAGCGGGGCGGCUGAAGACGAGGACGGCAGCGAGCGCCUAGCGCCCGACCAAAACCUGCCGAUGGUGCCCUGGUAUUCCAUGCUCCUGAUUGACACAGGAUUCGAUCUCCUCAUCUCGCUCAAGGUUUUCCUUGGCCGGUUUGACAUGCGUACGAUGCAGCGAGCGCUGCAUCCCAACGACGAAGACUACUGCUUUGACCACCUCGCGAAGAAGGACGAAGUGUGGCUUGAUUUCAUGGCCGAUUGUGGUGACGGCUUCAACAGCAGUUACCAGAUCGCUCGUUUACUUGCUCAGCCACAGCUCGAAGUGGAUUGCAAGGUGUCCGACGAAAAGACUAGUGGCAAAGCUGUGCCCGACGGAGCUAAUGUGAAGGCGGCCAAGAAUAAAACAGUCAAGCGAGUGUUUCCGCGUGGUGACGCCCUCGUGAUCGGUGGAGAUCUCGCCUACCCACAUCCGGAUAGUCAAUCGUACGAAACGCGCCUAUUUCGAUGUUUUGAGUAUGCCAUGAAGCCGCCAGCUUGUUAUCACCCAUCGGCUAUCUCUACACGGAAGAAAGCUCCUGAUGGGUGCUCAUCGCUGCGUGAAUAUGAAGGUCCUAGUGUAUUUGCGAUUCCGGGAAACCAUGACUGGUUCGAUGGCCUCAACACGUUCAUGCGGUACAUUUGCCAGCGCGAUUGGCUGGGAGGAUGGUUGCUUCCGCAAAAGACAAGCUACUUCAGCAUCAAGCUCCCUCAUGGCUGGUGGCUGUUCGGUGUGGAUUUAGCUCUGGAAAAUGACGUUGACACCGAGCAAUUUGGCUUUUUCGAGCGAGUGGUGCAGUCGCAAAUGGGUCCAAAUGACGCGGUGAUUCUAGUCACUCACGAACCGCGCUGGCUGUUAAACGUCUACGAGAAAAAAUCCAACGUGGACGUCAAACUAGCCUACCUUAUCGAGCACAUACUCAAAGGUCGAGUUGCUGUACGACUUGCUGGGGAUAUUCACAACUAUAUGCGUCACUCGUUGGUGGAGGAGAAGCACGUCCUAAAGCGUCCCGCCUCUAUGCAAGUUGAUGUAUUGCAGCCUAAAGUCUCGAAGGCGAGUGUUCAUCGCAGUCACUCGUUCUCGACUCCUGUCCACAAGCACUUUCCACACAUGAAGCGCGACGGUGACACUGACGAACAGGGACAUGCCAAAUUGCGGUCGGAUCUUCCAGCUGAGCACGGACGCUCUGCGGAGCAUUUGAUCAUCUCUGGUGGCGGGGGUGCCUUUUUGCAUCCAACGCAUGUGCCUAGUCCAAGUUUGAAUUACAUUGGUGGAACGUACGAGCACAAGACGUGCUACCCGCCGGCACAUGUUUCGAGGCGCUACGCAGUGCUAAACGUUUUUGGCUUCCGCCGGCUCAACUGGCGUUUCGAUGCGAUCGGCGGUGUCGGGUAUUUCGCGCUGGUGUUCUCCAUGUUUCCACGCUGCUCGGUUGGAUCCAUCUAUGCAGCUGCAACGCGAUGGGAGGCGGUGGCGCAGUUUUUCCAGGAGCUCGUUUCGUUGCUUGUUGACAUGGUGAUGACAUCGAAUGUGUCUCUGUUGUGCUGCAUCGGUAUGCUCCUGGCAACAAUUGGAUUUGCAGAUUGCACCACGUUGCCAAAGAGGUGUGCAAUGGGCCUGGUCGUGUCAUGCUUCCACUUCGUGGCAGCCUUCACCGUUUUACUCGCUUACGAGCUUCUACUCGAAGUAGCAUCAGCUCGUGGUGCUCUCGGUCGCGAGGGCGAGCACACUCUCUACCUCUACUUCAGCAGCACACUCCCCGACUUCUCUGCCAUUCGCAAGUACGAUGUGUUUAGACUUGCUUCGCUGUAUGGAGAAUUCAUGCGGCUCUGUAUGACCAUCUACGACGUACCGGAGGUAGUUGCAUUGAAGCGCAUCAAGAUUUGCGAGUCAGGGUUCGAGAGCCUCGGGCGCAUGGAGUUAUGGACAUACUACGCCAGUGUGUUUCCGUACUUUUGGGUGCUGGCCACGCCAGUGGUUAGCUUUGUCUUUGGCACGUACCUGUACCUGUCGCUCAACAUGUUCGGAUGCCACUACAACGAGGCGUUCUCAUCGCUGCGCAUUGCCAGCUACAAGAACUUUUUGCGACUGCAUGUUGACAAGGACGGUCGACUCGAGGUGUUUGCUUUUGGCGUGGACAAGAUGCCGCACCGCUGGUGCAGAGAUUCAAAGUGGAGUGGCGGUACUGGACCUCGAGCUUCUCUAGAGAGGAACUUGCCGUCGUUCAAGUGGACCCGCCCAAGCUACUGGAAGCCAUUGGUGACCAAGGUGGACAAUAUGCUGCGUAUGGACUUUGAGAACCCGUCUCUUGACGGCCGCUUCAAUUCGCUCGACCGCUCGAAUGUGCAUCUGAUUGAUCGUGUCGUGGUCCACAAGCGAUCAACGACGCCUGGACAGCAGUAG